UCGAGUCAACCGAUGUACCCGUUACUCAGUAACGAACACAUGCGGUUUGCUCCAGCUCUAGUCUUGAGGAUAAUGAUGUAUGUUAAUGGCGAAUGUUAAGAACUGAAAGUUUUGAUUUAGUUUGUAACUUGUUUACCGUCGUUUUGAAAUUUUUAAAACUAAGAGAGCACAGUUUUUAUUGUUAAUAAAAGACUGUGGAAUUUUUACUGUUAUAGUUUUGAAGUGUGGGUAGGUAAUAAAAUGAUUCGUUUACUUAAUAUGCCAGACGAUGUACUCGAGAAAAUACUGUCAUAUGUUACAUAUGAUGAAGUCAGUCGGUGUAGAUUGGUAUGUCGAAGAUUCAAUUCUGUAUCACAAAGAGUUUUAAACCGUGGUUUCCAUAAAGCUGAGAGAUAUCAUGCUCAGUGUUUGCGAAAGGUUAAAACUCAGCUGCCACGAAGAGAGUCAGAAAGACGAAAACAUGCUUUGGCAAGACAUUCUGAUAUUUUGACAGCUGUUGAAACACGUUUGUCUCUGCUUAGAAUGACUUUUAUGAAGUUUGUGGACUUGAAUUUGUGUUGCUUUAUACCAGGAAAGGUUUUAGAUGAAAUUUAUAGAGUUCUGAGAUAUAUUACUUCAGAAUCAAACCCUAUACGUGCUCAUGAAGUUUUACAAGAACUGAGAGAUUUAUCCUCAAUGGCCAUGGAAUAUUUUGAUGAAAAAAUUGCUCCAUCUUUGAAGAACAAGGAGUGUAGCCCGAAAAUAGUUGCUGGGGUCAACAUGAUUGCAGCUUCUUGUCAUGAUCCUAAACCAUGUUGCAGUUAUCAUUCAUCAAGAGACAUUAAAAUUGACAAACUGUAUCGUUUCGUUAAACAUAUGGCUGUUAGGCAGAGUUCUUCAUUUAAAGAGAUCCGCUUCCUAAAGCAAAAGAUUAAGGAUUUAAGUAGAAAAAUUACAGAUUUUGAAAAAAUAAUAAUAGAACAGCAGAACGUCCUUGCUCUGCAAGCAGAGAGAAUGAAUGAACGAGAUCUGAGAAUAGAAUUUUUGGAAAGAUGUGCAAUGAUAGAAGAAAGGAGGAGGAAUAAUGGGUUGGAAGUACGUCUUAAUCCACUUCCAGUACAUGCUGAUGCACCUGAAGUACAUGCUAAUCCGCCAGAAGUAGUUGCUAAUCCACCAGAAGUAGUUGUUAAUCCACUGGAAGUAGUACAGGCUAAUCCACCAGAAGAACACUCUAAUCCAUCACCACCAGAAGUAGAUGCAAAUUUGCCAGAAGUACUUCUUAAUCAAUCUAGAUCUCAGAAACGUAAAUUAAGACCAAGACUGAGCCCGGAAAAUAAUAGUGGAACUUUAAAGAAAGUGAAAAAAUAAAUUUCUAUGAUGCUUUUAAUGAUUUAAAUAAGUCUCAUUGUAAAUGUGUUCAUUCAAAAGUAUGAUUUAAAGCAAUAGAAAGGAAAAUAAGCAGCAGUUUUGGAACAUUUGUUUUAUGAAAUUUAAGAUAAAAAUUUUAAACUUUUUUGAAAGAAACAUCUGCUUAAAAUUGUACUUUGUAUUUUCUUUGCAUUUAUGAAAAUUUAUUUCAUAUUUGAUUAAUGUGAAUUUGCAUAAGUGUUUAACUUUGUCAAGUUAUCUGGAAAAUUUUUUGUUAUCAUCAGUAUCAGUAGUUAAUGUUUUUGGAAUGAAAUGUAUUUAAACAUAUAAAAAAAUUGGGUUUACUAGAAGGAAUUACAUUUUUUGUAAUUUAGGAUUUUAUAUUAUUCAUUGCAGUGAAUUUAAUCAUUUAGUAGAAUUCCAAAUAUCUAUCACUGCUGAUCUGUAUAUUUGAAAAAUCUGGAUUCCUUCUCUCCAGUAUACUUAUUUACUGUAAUAAAAUGUAAGUUUUAGUUUUUA